CUCUUCGACACCGUCUGUCUCUCCGCGCUCUCAAGGCUCAUACGUUAUAGAGUAUCAGCUGUAGGGCAGCCCCCUCCCCCGGUAUCCUCCUCCCACCCCCAACCCACACCCGCCUAGACUCUCCAUGUCCGACGUAGAAAAGAAGGAGCCCGGCCCGCAGGGCGAGGACUCUCCCGUCGCUCAGACCCCCAACGAGGAACCCAAGAGGAAGAGAGAGUACAAGGACUUCGGGCAUGAAGAGGAGAAGCCUACUCAUGCCAAUGUCGACAUGUCAACUAUUGAGCUGAAGGCGGAGGACCUUUACGACAAGGAGAAGGUCGAUCUCGAAACUAUCGUCAUCGAGGAUGUCUUCAAACUCCUCCAGUGCGACGAGAACGGUCUCUCCAACGAGGAGUCUGAGCGCCGUCUCGGUCUCUUUGGUCCUAACAAGCUCGAGCAGGAGGAACAGAACGCUUUCCUUCAGUUCUUGGGCUUCAUGUGGAAUCCCCUCUCGUGGGUCAUGGAAGGUGCUGCGUUGGUCGCUAUCGUUCUCUCCAACGGUGAGGGUCAACCUCCCGACUGGGAAGACUUCAUCGGUAUCGUCCUGCUGCUUUUCAUCAACUCGGCCAUCGGUUUCUACGAAGAACGCAAUGCCGGUAACGCUGUCAAGGCCCUCAUGGACUCCCUUGCCCCCAAGGCAAAGGUCAAGCGUGGCGGCUCCUGGUCCGAAAUCGAGUCCUCCAUCCUCGUCCCUGGUGAUAUGAUCUCGUUCAAGAUUGGUGAUAUCGUCCCCGCCGAUUGCCGUCUCACUGAGGCCAUCAACGUCUCCAUCGACCAGGCUGCCCUUACGGGUGAGUCGCUCCCUCAGAGCAAAAAGGAGGGUGACCAGUGCUUCUCUGGUUCCACUUGCAAGCAGGGUGAGGCUGAGGGUGUCGUCAUCUCCACCGGUGCCAACACUUUCUUCGGUCGUGCCGCUUCUCUCGUCGGCCAGGACGAUGACACCACCGGUCACUUGCAAAAGAUUCUCGCUCAAAUCGGUUCUUUCUGCCUGAUCUCCAUCGGUAUCUUCGUCAUUGCUGAGAUCCUCGUCCUCUACGCCGGUUUCCGUUACACUUACCGCCGUGGUCUCAACAACAUCCUCGUCCUCUUGAUCGGUGGUAUCCCCAUUGCCAUGCCCACUGUCUUGUCCGUCACCCUUGCCGUCGGCGCUCAGCAGCUCGCCAAGCACAAGGCCAUCGUCACUCGUAUCACCGCUAUUGAGGAGUUGGCUGGUGUCACCAUCCUUUGCUCCGACAAGACUGGUACCCUCACCACCAACAAGUUGACCAUCGACAAGUCGACCAUCCGCACUUACGGCCCCUUCUCCGCCGACGACGUUGUCCUCCUCGCUGCAUACGCUUCUCGUACCGAGAACCAGGAUGCCAUCGACGCUUCCGUUGUUCAGGCCCUCGGUGACGUCGGUCGCGCUCGUAGCGGUAUCAAGCUCCUCGACUUCAAGCCCUUCAACCCAGUUGACAAGCGUACCGAGAUCACUUACCGUGAAGAAUCCUCCGGCAAGCUCAAGCGUGUCACCAAGGGUAUGACCGGUAUCAUCAUCGAGCUCUGCACGCGCAACAAAACCGAUGAGGUUGAGAACAAACUCGAGGCUGAUGUCGAGGAGUUCGCUACCCGUGGUCUCCGCGCUCUCGCUGUGGCUUACGAGGAACUCGAUGGUGACGACGCUGAGGGUGAGGGCAACGGUUUCGAGCUUAUCGGUCUCCUUGCCAUCUUCGACCCUCCUCGUGAAGAUACCAAGCAGACCAUCGACGACGCUCUCCUUCUCGGUGUCAAGGUUAAGAUGGUUACUGGCGAUCAGCUCGCUAUUGCCAAGGAGACCGGUCGUCGUCUCGGCCUCGGUGACCACAUGUACCCGGCCAAGGUGCUCAAGGACGGACCUGCACCCGGUAGCAAGCACAUGUCUCUCGACGACAUGAUUCUCGACGCCGAUGGUUUCGCUGGAGUCUUCCCCGAGCACAAGUUCGAGAUUGUCAAGCGUCUCCAGGGUCUCGGUCACCUUUGCGCCAUGACUGGUGACGGUGCUAACGACGCCCCUGCUCUUUCCCGUGCCAAUGUCGGUAUUGCUGUCGAGGGUGCCACCGAUGCCGCUCGCGGCGCUGCUGACAUUGUCCUGACUGAGCCUGGUCUCUCCACCAUCGUCCACGCCAUCCGCGGUUCCCGUGUCAUCUUCCAGCGUAUGCGUAACUACUCGAUCUAUGCCUGCGCCGUCACCAUCCGUAUCGUCGUCUGCUUCGCCAUCCUCGCGUUUGCCUUCAAGUUCGACUUCCCGCCGUUCAUGGUCCUUAUCAUCGCUCUCCUUAACGAUGGUACCAUCAUGACCCUCUCCGUUGACCGCGUCCUGCCCUCGUUGACGCCCGACUCUUGGGAUCUCGCCGAGAUCUUCGCCUAUGCCGUCGCCUACGGUCUCUGGCUCACCGCGUCGACUGUUGCCCUUGUCGCUAUCAUCCUGAAGACUUCGUUCUUCUACGACAAGUUCGGCGUCACCUUCGAUGGCUCGCCCACUCCCACCGGUGCCAACGACUACCAGCUGCAUUCCAUCGUCUACCUCCAGGUCGCCAUCAUCUCGCAGGCUCUCAUCUUCGUCACGCGUUCGCAUGGCUUCUUCUUCAUGGAGCGUCCCUCGGUUGCCCUCAUGGUCGCCUUCUGCAUUGCUCAGCUUGUGUCUUCGAUCAUCUCCGCGUAUGCCAACUGGGGCUUCACUCAGCUCCGCGCCAUUUCUGGUGGCUGGAUCGGUGUUAUUUGGGUCUGGAACAUCAUUUGGUUCAUCCCUCUCGACUGGAUCAAGUUCGCGAUGAAGGCCACCGUCAUUAAGAAGCUCCGCCAGCGUCACGAGGAAGCUGCCAAGCUUGCCACCGACGAGUCUGGUGUCCCUAUCACUCGCACUCAGUCCCGCGUCGCCUCGCUCCACGAGUCGAUGUACUCGAACCGUGUCUCGUUCAUCCGUCGUGCUGCCCGCAAGGUCGGCUUCGGCAGCAAAGUCUCGAUGAAGCCUGAGGAACUCCAGCGCUUCUCGUCGAUCCAGGCCCAGCGUACUGGCCAAACCUUGGCUCGCAACCCGAGCCGCACCGCAUAGAGAGCCUGACUGUUCCCAUUCCCGCAUUCGCGCACCUGCUACACCUACAACAAGCCUGUAAUCUAGAAAUUAUUCCUGAGACUCGACCGUUUACAUCUGGUGUCAGCCCUCUCGUUACCCCACCUACUACCCGCAAUUCAUCUGUCCAUAUUACUCGCAUGUUCCUACUGGCAUCGGAUACCCUCGUCGUUUGGCUCUUGUUUUCUAGUUCCGGGCGAUCGACAUGUGCUUAGGAUUCGGUUAUGGUUACCCUCGUUUGCUCUGCAUCUCAAUAAUAAUAUUAUAACUCACUCUACCCCUGUCCCGCCUGCUCGCGUCGGUUGGACUCCUCCACACGCCGUUUGCCGUUUACGUUUUCAUGGUUUUUUUCUUUAGUACAUAAUGCCUCUUUCUCGUUGAUGUAGAUUUUCUUUACGUCUUUCUCACCUUCGCGCUCUUUGGUCCCUGGUGUUCACGGGGAACAUGAGGAUGUGCGUAGGAUGCACGGUCCAGUUUAUGAACUGCGAUACAAGUACAUAUUCACGUAAUAACAAUGUUUUGACCAAAGCAAUAUAACUGGGAUGAUACCAAC